ACUAGAAGAAAAUAAAGCCGAGGAUAUAUGGACGCGAUGACGGCGUUGGCGUUGAUGAGGAACCCGGAGGAACUGAGGAACCAGAGCAUAAGUACUGCCAUAACUUUACCAAGCUGGAAGCUUUACGAAAACCCAGUCUAUAAUUCUCAACAGCAGCAGCAGCUAACGCGAAGAGGGCGUGGCCAUCGUCUCCACCUGCCUCUCUCGGCCCGUAAAAUCGCUGCUUCUCUGUGGGAUCUCAGCUUCUUCAGACCCAUGAUGGAUUCCGAGCUCGAAAUUGUCCGGUCUCAGAUCGCAGAAUUGAGGUUGGAGCUUCAGCUGGAACGCGAGGCUCGUAAGAAGCUAGAAUCCAUGAAUAAGAGACUGGCCAAGGAGCUGUCGGAGGAGAGGAAAGGGAGAGAAGCUGUAGAACGAGUGUGCGAUGUGCUAGCCAAGGAGAUCGCAUCGGACAAAGCAGAUAUAGAUCGGAUGAGGAGAGAAAUGGAGGAGGAGCGGAAGAUGCUGAGGAUGGCUGAGGUGCUGAGGGAAGAGAGGAUCCAGAUGAAGCUGACGGAAGCCAAGAUUUUGUUCGAGGAGAAGUUGCUGGAGUUGGAAUUGGACUUCACCAAACCCAAGGGGUUUCAAUUUCAGUUUCAUUCUCCAUCUCCAAUGGACGAGACAAAAGCAGGGGAGGAUGGUAAGAACACCUGUAACGAGGUCGCCACCAGCAUGACAUUGUCUAAGUAUGGAGGGAAUUAUUCCUGUAAUUCCAAAAAUUCAAAUUCGACGACCUUUUCAUGUUUCGACAAUGGAGGAGGUGGUGGUCGAUCGAUCAUAAAUCAGAAUCAAAACCAGAGACGAACAUCAGCAGACGCAGAGAACCCCCACAUAAAAAGAGGUAUCAAAGGGUUUGUGGAGUUCCCGAGAGUGGUUCGAGAAAUUGGCCCCAGAGGGAGGCAUUCAAGCUCCAAGUUGGAGUGUCAAAAAGCUCAACUUCGCCUUCUACUGAGACACAGGAGCCCCAUCCGAAGCCAUAAUCUCAUCACAUCAUGAGUUGAUUUCUCUUGUUCCUCU